AUGGAGGUAGAGCGAGGUCGAGCUGGAGUAGGAAGACCAGCUGGAGAGGAGGUCCAGCUGGAGAAGGAGGGAGUAGAGAAGGAGGAGGUCGAGCUGGAGAAGGAGGUUGAACUGGAGAAGGAGGUAGAGCUAGAGAAGGAGGUAGAGCUGGAGAAGGAGGGAGAGCUGGAGAAGGAGGUAGAGCUGGAGAAGGAGGUGGAGCUGGAGAAGGAGGUAGAGCUGGAGGUGGCCAAGGCAGAUAGAGCACCGUGUUAUGCGGUGGCGCGCAUGGUGUCUCUAGUACGUGUUCUUAGCCCGGUGCGCUACAUCCCAGCUCCCCGCAUCUGCCGGGCUAGGGUGAGCAUCCAGCCAAAACGGAGUGUGCCAGCCCUGCUCUCCGGACCUCCAGGACGUCUCUACGGCCCAGGAUAUCCUGCGCCGGCUCUGCGCACUCUGUCUCCAGUGCGUCUGCACAGCCCAGUGCGUCCUGUGCCUGCGCCCCGCACGUGCCAGGCCAAAGUCACCAUCCAGCCAGGACGGGUUGUGCAGGCUCCUGGCUCGAUACCCCCAGUGCGCCUCCACGGCUCAGUGAAUCCGGUGUCUCUGCCUAGGACAGGGCCUACUGUAUGUCUCUCCAGCUUGGUGAGCCCUGAGCCAGCUCAACGUACCAGACUGCCCAUACGUCUCCUCCCUCCAGUGAUGAUCCAUGGCAAGAAGCCUCCAAUGAUGAUCCAUGGCACGAAGCCAGCAACGCGAGUGCCCAGUCCGGAGCCUCCAGCGGCGAACGGUGCCCAGUCCGGAGCCUCCAGCGGUGAACGGUGCCCAGUCCGGAGCCUCCAGCGGCGAACGGUGCCCAGUCCGGAGCUCCCAGCGACGAAGGUCUCCAGUCCGGAGCCUCCAGCGACGACGGUGCCAGUCCGGAGCCCCCAGCGACGACAGUGCCCAGUCCGGAGCCUCCAGCGACGACGGUGCCCAGUCCGGAGCCCCCAGCGACGACAGUGCCCAGUCCGGAGCCCCCAGCGACGACGGUCUCCAGUCCGGAGCUCCCAGCGACGAAGGUCUCCAGUCCGGAGCUCCCAGCGACGAAGGUCUCCAGUCCGGAGCCUCCAGCGACGACGGUGCCAGUCAGGAGCCCCCAGCGACGACAGUGCCCAGUCCGGAGCCUCCAGCGACGACGGUGCCCAGUCCAGAGCCCCCAGCGACGACAGUGCCCAGUCCGGAGCCCCCAGCGACGAAGGUCUCCAGUCCGGAGCCUCCAGCGACGAUGAUGCCCAGUCCGGAGCCCCCAGCGACGACAGUGCCCAGUCCGGAGCCUCCAGCGACGACGGUGCCCAGUCCGGAGCCUCCAGCGACGAUGGUCUCCAAUCCGGAGCUCCCAGCAACGAAGGUCUCCAGUCCGGAGCCUCCAGCGACGACGGUGCCAGUCCGGAGCCCCCAGCGACGACAGUGCCCAGUCCGGAGCCUCCAGCGACAACGGUGCCCAGUCCGGAGCCCCCAGCAACGACAGUGCCCAGUCCGGAGCCUCCAGCGACGACGGUGCCUGUCCGGAGCCCCCAGCGACGACAGUGCCCAGUCCGGAGCCUCCAGCGACGACGGUGCCCAGUCCGGAGCCUCCAGCGACGACGGUGCCCAGUCCGGAGCCCCCAGCGACGACAGUGCCCAGUCCGGAGCCCCCAGCGACGACGGUCUCCAGUCCGGAGCUCCCAGCGACGAAGGUCUCCAGUCCAGAGCCUCCAGCGACGACGGUGCCAGUCCGGAGCCCCCAGCGACGACAGUGCCCAGUCCGGAGCCUCCAACGACGACGGUGCCCAGUCCGGAGCCUCCAGCGACAACAGUGCCCAGUCCGGAGCCUCCAGCGACGACGGUGCCAGUCCGGAGCCCCCAGCGAUGACAGUGCCCAGUCCGGAGCCUCCAGCGACGACGGUGCCCAGUCCGGAGCCCCCAGCGACGACAGUGCCCAGUCCGGAGCCCCCAGCGACGAAGGUCUCCAGUCCGGAGCCUCCAGCGAUGAUGAUGCCCAGUCCGGAGCCCCCAGCGACGACAGUGCCCAGUCUGGAGCCCCCAGCAACGAAGGUCUCCAGUCCGGAGCCUCCAGCGACGAUGAUGCCCAGUCCGGAGCCCCCAGCGACGAAGGUCUCCAGUCCGGAGCCUCCAGCGAUGAUUAUGCCCAGUCCGGAGCCUCCAGCGACGACGUUCUCCAGUCUGGGGCCCGCUACGAGGGUCCCAGGUCCGGGGUCGGUGGCGAGGGUCCCUGCAUCAGAGGUGCCACCAAAGUGGGGUGAGCCAGCGGUGGAGCGUCCCGCACCUGAGCUGCCACACCCUGACCUUAGAGAUCCUUUUAUGUCUCUAUUUUGGUUUGGUCAGGGCCUGUUCUUCGCCGUGAUCCCAGGAGAAGGUGGUUUCUACUCCGCUGUGAGGAUGCUGAGCAGCAAGGAGAAGGUCAAGGUGGACCUGCACCCUCUAAAUGCAUAG